UCGCCCAAAUUCCUCUCACAAAUUUGCCUUCGCUUUCUCGCGUUUUUUCUCGCCAGCCAAACACACCAUUCCGACCUCAAAAUUCACUUUCUUAACUUUCUCAACAACUUCUUCCAAAUGAAGCAGCUCAUCCGCCGUCUCUCUCGCGUCGCUGAUUCCUCUCAGUACAGCCUACUCCGCUCCGACUCCCGCCGCCCUUGCCGACCGUUCCCCGCUGCUGCUAUCACCAAAUAUUCGGCGCGCCGCUCCGCUAACUCCAAGCCUGUCCCCGAAGGUCACGUGCCGGUCUACGUCGGCGACGAGAUGGAGCGUUUCGUCGUCAGCGCUGAGCUCCUGAACCACCCGGUCUUCAUCGGUCUCCUCAACAAAUCGGCUCAAGAGUACGGUUACGAACAAAAAGGAGUUCUUCAUAUUCCGUGUCACGUGCUCGUCUUUGAGCGAGUCAUGGAAGCUCUUCGUCUUGGUCUUGAGUCACGUGACCUCCAGGAUCUGAUUGGCUCCUCCUUCUCCGAUGAGUUUUUCUAGAGUUUUUUUUUUUUUUUUUUUUAAUUUUAAUUUUCUUUUUUAGUUAGAUCUUGAUACAAAUAUAAAUCUAUAUAUAUGAAUAUAUAAAUAUAGUGACAAAACGAGAUCGUGUUGGGGGAUUUUUCUUGUAAAUAUAUCCUUUUUUGCGGUCUUUUUGUGAAAAUUUGUAGGGCUUGUAAUGAUGAUGUGUCGUUGUUGUUGAAGGUGGUCUAUGUAAAGCCGUAAAGGGAACUGAAGCUCAG